CUUACAGGAUGCUUCUGCAGGACUGAUCAAUCAUUCUUUAGUCACUCACAGAGGGGAAAAAAAAUCCCCCACAAAGCACUUCUUGAGAUGAACUAGGGCAGUACCAUUGUUUAACUUGCUGGAUUUCACACACUACAAUGAAGAUACUGUUUUUCACUGGACUACUCUCUCUUACUUCCAGUCUUUGCACAACAGGUUCAGAAUUCUCACAGAAUGGCUCCGCAAUUAAAACUGUGUCUCUUAUUAAGACUUUCCGUGGAAUUUCAGCAAGAGACUAUGAUUACAUCCCCCCUUAUGCUAUAGACGGGGAAACAACAACCAUUCAUAUUGGAGAAAAUAAAUGCACUUCAAAAAAGUCAAACGACUCCACUUUAACAGAAGUGAACAACACCACACUGGAGUACUUGACCAGUUCUCUGAGCACCAAGCUAAUACCUACUGUCUACCUCAGUGCUGUUUUACUGGGUGUGCCGUCUAAUGCCAUCACUUUGUGGAUGCUAUUGUUCAGGAUCCGCUCCGUGUGCACCGCCAUCCUCUACACAAACUUGGCUGUUUCAGAUCUGCUCUUUUGCAUCAUGCUACCCUUCAAAAUAGCAUACCACAUCAACGGGAACAACUGGGUAUUUGGGGAAAUGAUGUGCCGAACUACCACAGUGGUGUUUUAUGGCAACAUGUACUGCUCCAUCCUGCUGCUCAUGUGCAUCAGCAUCAGCCGCUACAUGGCCAUCGUUCACCCUUUCACCUACAAGAGCCUUCCCAAGCGUGCCUACGCCAUUGCAGCGUGCACUGCCGUGUGGACCAUUGUCUUCUUGUGCAUGCUCCCACUUUGCAUCAUGCAGCAAAGCUAUUAUGUGAAGCAACUGGGCAUUUAUACCUGCCAUGACGUGCACAAUGCCUGUGAAACGAUAUCUUCCUUCCAGUUCUACUACUAUGUUUCUUUAGCUAUAUUUGGGUUUUUGAUACCUCUUGCAACUAUCAUUUUCUGCUAUGUCUCAAUUAUACGAACACUCAAGACUCGUGAAUGGUUCUGGUAUGUUAAAGUCAGUCUUUUGAUCCUUACCAUCUUUGCUAUUUGCUUUGUGCCAAGCAAUAUUAUCCUUAUUGUCCAUCACAUCCACUAUUACUAUUACAACACAGAUGGGUUGUAUUCAUUUUAUCUAAUUGCUUUAUGUCUUAGCAGCUUAAACAGUUGUCUUGAUCCUUUCCUUUAUUUUCUGAUGUCAAAAAUUAGAAGUCAAUCCAAUAUUUAUCUAACAAUGGUUAAAAUAUACAGGGAAAAAUGAAUUUAGUCCUGUAUUUCUAUUACUGGAAUUAUGACUUUGUGAAGUAUUAACACAGACAGCAAUAAGUCUCAGGUGUGACAAUUAAACUGUAAAAAGUGUUAAAAAAACACAAUCUCAGUACAAUUUACUUCCUU